UCGGACCGAGACGAGAUCUUGAAGAAAAUCUAGGUCGUUGGGAAUCGUUGUAGGGUUUUCUGACACUCCCUGUUCAGUCUCUCCAAUAGUAUAAACUAACGUAUUUAUUCUAAUUAAAUGGCCUCUCCACCCUCUCCUCUCCAAUGGCCUCCUCUUCAUCUCAUCUCCUCUCCAUGGCCUCUCCUCUCCAUCUGAAUGGCCCUUUUUGGGGGUAUUGAAAAAUAGAUGACGGCUAUUCACUUGGAAUAAACACGGUAGUUAUUUUUCUAAUUUAUUUCUAAUCCAAAAACAGAAAGGCGGAUAUUCCAAAUUCCGUUCGGAUAAGGAUCCAUAUAUCAGAAGAUCCGAAUAUCCUAAGAUUCCCAGGAAACGCUAAUCCUACUCCAAGUACCUUAAUCUUACUCGAAUUUUUAAUAUUGCACCCCUCUAAAAUUUAAAAAUUGAAGAAGAACAUAAGGAAGAACCAACAAAAGAACCCACAGAAGAUCAAAAACAAAUUGUUGUCUACAACCCUUUAAAAUUAAAACCAAACAAUCCAGAGCUAAAAUUGUUCGAAUUUAUUGAGGCAAAAAUAAAUUUUUUCUUUGAAAACAAAAAUAAAAUAGUAAAAACGUUGAAAAAAAUAAACUGGUUCAAAACCGAGUUGAAUGCCGAAGAAUUUGAAAGCAUAAACAAAUUGGGGGAUGAAAAUUAUGAAAUGUUGGAUAAACUGAAUUUUGGCGUUUUGUUGAAAAUAAGAGGAAUUUGUAGUAAUUUAAGCCAUUAUUUUAUACGUCUAAAUGGAAAUAUGCUAGGGUUGUGUUUGGAUAAGGAAUUUAAGAAGCCAUUUGAUAAAAUGUUACUGGACCAUAAUUUAAAUUUCGUAAGUUUUUAUUGUUAUACAGGUGGUUGGUCGUUUUUCCGAAUGGUGUUUUUCCAAAGGGAUGCUUUCAAGUGGGGCUUUUCCAUAGGUAGUUUGUUCAUAUAG